AAAAAAUAAAACCCUCAAUUUAUCGAGCCGUAGAAGCUAGAGAGAACAAGGAAUUGAGAGAGAGACUGAGACUGAGACUGAGACUGAGAGAGAGUGAAUUCAAAAGAAGACGAAAUUGAGAAUGUUGAGAGCUUCACCAACAGCUCUCAGUAGCCUGAGACAAUCUCUACUUCCUACUCUUUCGCUUUCUUCUUCCUCGUCUUUCCUUCACACGUUCUCCACUUUUCCCUCUUUUUGUUCCUUUCGCUCCAAAUCCCUCCAACGCAAUUCGGUUCGUCUUUCUUCUCUCUGCUUCGGGCGGCUCCCGUCUUUGAUGGAUCCUUCAUGCCCUAGACGAAUAACACGAGCUUCCUUUAGUGCUGCUGAGAGUAGCUCAAAAGGCGAGAUAGAAUUACUGCUGCAGCACUUGCUUGUUAAAGAAGAUGACCUUAAUCUUUUGUUGGAUAUUCAUCAUCGUGUUGUUAGAGGAGAGGAUUUGGGUGACCUUGCUGUGGAGUACUCGAUAUGUCCGUCCAAAGAAGAAGGGGGAAUGCUUGGAUGGGUUAGAAAAGGGCAAAUGGUACCAGAAUUUGAGGAUGCUGCAUUCGGUGCUCCUCUAAAUAAAGUUGUGAGAUGUAAAACUAAAUUUGGGUGGCACUUGCUGCAAGUUUUGUCUGAGAGGGAAGAAUCAACGCUUCAAGACAUCCCACCUUCUGAACUUCAUGUUAAAAUGCAAGACCCCCAGUUUGUUGAAGAGGCCCAAUUGAUUGAUGUUCGAGAACCUGAAGAAGUGGCCCAAGCUUCUCUGCCAAGUUUUCAAGUGCUUCCUCUCCGCCAAUUCGGAAGCUGGGGGCCAGAAAUAAUGAACAAGUUUGAUCCUCUGAAGGAUACGUAUGUUAUGUGUCACCAUGGCAUGAGGUCCUUACAGGUUGCCAAGUGGCUGCAGACUCAGGGUUUCAGGAAAGUUUUUAAUGUUGCCGGAGGAAUACAUGCAUAUGCUACCAAUGUCGAUCAAUCGAUCCCGACUUACUGAGAAGAGAAUCUCAUUACCUAUUGUUGUUGAAGUCAGAUUCAUAGUCUUCUGUAUUGAAACAUGAACAAGUUAUGUGCCUUGUCAGGGGAGUUUUUGGUGCGACGUAUGUCCCCAGAUGUAGUCAGUGAUAAUUAAAUUCGUGAAGAAAGAAAGUUGAGCAAUGUUAAUCCAUGUGUCAUGUAGAAUAUUUUCUUCAAUGAUUUUGUUAAAGGUGGUACUGCAAGAUAGAUUAUGCCACAGCUGCUCUGGUUUGA